AAGAGUAAUUAUCCUCUAGAACACCCAUUUCCAUGCCUGGAGACUUUGAGGUUUGAUUGCAUGCCUGAGUGGGAGGAAUGGUCUUGUGGUACUGGAGAUCAGCCAUCUGAAUUUCAGUUCCCUCGUCUUCAUCAGCUAAGCAUUUACAAGUGUCAGAAACUGGCUAAAGUCUCAUCUUUGAGUCUUCCUUAUCUUCAUGAAUUAGAUCUUCACGAAUGCAGCAAGGUGAUACUGCAUAGUUUCAAGCAUCUGAACUUGCUUACAUACUUAAAGCUUGAAUCAGUUACUGGGUUUACAUGUAUCUCAAGAGAUCUUAUGCAGUACACUGAAAAACUUGAAGCCCUCGAGAUCUGUAACUGUGACGAAUUUAUCUCAUUGUGGGAACAUGAUGUGUCCACAGAGAGUCUUACAUGCCUGAAACGUCUUGUUGUAGAAGACUGUUCGAAUAUUGUCUGCUUAGGGGAUGAGGAUCAACAGCUGCCACUUAAUCUUGAAGUCUUGGAAAUAUUUGGUUGUCCGACUUUAAGUUCCUUGCCCCUGGAACUGAGUAAGCUCAAGAACUUAAGGGAGAUAAUCAUCAAGACUUGCCCAAAACUGGUUUCCUUUCCAGAGACAGGUGUCCCACCCAUGCUUCGACGCCUUUUGUUACAAGGUUGUAAUGCCCUGAACUCCCUUCCAAAUGGCUUGUCUAAUCUGGAAAGAUUGGAGCUCAAGGAUUGUUCAUCAUUGAGGGCCUGGUCAGAAAGUAGCUUUCCAACUACGUUCAAGAAAGUUGUCAUAAUAAAUGUUGAGCAUCUAGAACCAGUUUCAGACAAAAUUUUUGAGCAGAACCGCAGCAUGUCUCUAGCAGAACUUAAUAUUUCCAAUUGGGAGAAUGUCGGUACUUUACUUCGCCACAUGCACUGUUUUUCCCACCUUGCUGAACUACACAUAUCUCAUUGUGAAACCUUGGAGUCUUUUCCACAGCAAGGAUUGCCGACACCAAAUCUGCGGAUCCUUUCCAUUGAAUAUUGUUCCCAACUCAAAUCUACACCCUCAAAUAUUCACCGCAUCUCAUCCCUUGUUUCAUUGGAAAUCCGUGGUUGCUCAAACCUUGAGACUUUUCCCCAAGCAAACUUGCCUUCAAGUUUAACUUCACUUCGGAUAUGGGAUUCAAGGAAACUCAGGCCCCUGGCUGAAUGGAAGCUUGACAGACUCACCUCUCUUAAGGAACUUUCCAUCUGUGGUGGUUUCUCAAAGCAUGAUUCUUUUGCUGAUGAUGAAAACCUCUUUCCUUCCUCAAUAACAAGGUUUUCUAUUGCAAGGUUCAAAAAUCUCAAAUCGCUGUCAAAAUGUCUUGAUAGAUUGACCUCCCUGCAACAUUUAUCUCUCAUGACCUGUCCUAAACUUAAGACCUUGCCUAACGAAAACAUCCUCAAUGGACUUUGGCGUCUUGAGAUUAGUAACUGUAAGAAACUCAAAGAUCAAUGCAUGAAAGAUGGAGGUGAUUAUUGGUCGAAGAUAGCCAACAUUCCCUGCGUGGAGAUAGACGUCAAUGAAAGGAACCCUGAUUCUACUUGAUUGAGGUGUAUACAGGGAAGAAUAUGCAUUCCAAAACUACUAGCUGGGUGACAAGAUGAAACAAAUGAACCCUUUCCCAAGUGGUUACGAGCAUAAACAGUGGAUAUCUAGGUUUUCAUAGGCUUUGUUCAGAACCCUUUUAUUAACUUCUGCCUGCCGCAGAGCAUCUACGUCAACUUUGAUCAUAAAACAGUGAAUGUAACGACAGUUUUUAAGGUAGUGAACCAUUACCAAACGUAUAUGUGUUGAAUCGGAAUUAUAAAAUGAAGAAACUAAAGCCAAAAACGAUCUUUCUGCCUUCAGAUUUAAGGAUAAACAAUAUAAUUCAAACCAUGGCCAAUAUAAUCUGAGUCAAUAGAUUAGAUACUACGUACUCUUAAAGCUAUAAGAAAAGAUGCUGCCGCAGAAGUGAUAACAAAACCACAAGAAAGAAUGAAUCUCAUGGAAUAUAAAUUGGCAGGGAAGAAAAUUUAAGCACAAGUGAUACAACAUAUGCAUGCACAUAAUAUUAAAAAAUAAAUUCAUGUACAAUGGCAUCGAAGUGGAACAGAAACACCCGAGGGCUUUCUCCUCUCUCGAGUUACGGCUUCCUUUAUCAGCGGGAGCUUUUGGAGGACCUUUUUCCAUAUAUGAUUCACUGCGCCAUUCGGAGGCGAAGGUCCUAUACCACCCGGAUAACCAUUAUCAUAGUCAAAUACAGGCUGAAUCUCUGCCAUUUUUCUCCUCAAUUUGUUCUUCUGCUCAUCAGAAAAGCUUUUAAGAUGAUUGACAAGCCAAUUUGGCGUCAGUGCAUCAUUAACUGCAACAAAUACUGCAAAUUCUGAAUAAUCCACGAUUCCUUCAAAGGGGAGCUCAAUCUCGUCACUAACUACUACAGGAAUACAGAGACUUUGUAUGGCAUCAAAAAGUCUGCACGAGGUAGGUGUGUCCCCCGCAGGGUGCAAGCAGAACUCAGAUGUCCUCAUACCAUGUAUAGACUGUUCCUUGCCAGUGGCAUUAGGAAAGCCUUCUUCCAUCACAACUGCAGGUUCAUUCACCAGUAAAUCCCACAAUUUUUCUCGGACUAGGCCACCCUGUAGAUAAGGGAACCUCCUGUUAGAUAUCACACACGGGACAAUAUUAUUACUUCUAGACUGGAAAAGAUUAGAACACACAUUUUACAGACAGUAUGAUUUUAGGUCAUCAAGCUACAGACAGAACCAAUAGACUAUACAGAGAUGAUUGAAUUCGAACUCAUAGAAUCGGGCUCAAAAGAAGAAAAAAAUGCCUUCGGCUUUCCGCACCUCCAACAAAGCACAAAUGUCAUCCUAUUGCCCCCGAAACACAACAAAAACAAUUACCACCGCAACUAAGCCUUUAUAAAGCAAUGCGGAGUCAAACACCGACUAUAUCGAUCAAACAUCACCAUCGUGCUUUACCCAAACCCAAAACAUAAUAACUCUUUCGAAAAGAAAGAGAUCCAGAAAGCAGGACAGAUUGACAUGAAAAGCAAAAGAAGAGAUAUGAAAGAGAAACGGAGACUGCCAAUGAACUAUUCCAUGUUUAGGCACAUGAAGUAACUACAAUUAAUUAUUGGCAAAUCAGUAUAGCAUACCAAUUAAGCGAUUAAUCAUAGUUGAUGCAAAAUUUUGGUCCUUCGAUACCGACAUUACAAGAAACAAUACAUAGAUAAGUUCUGAUUAGAAUUAAUAUCAUCUAGCAUAUAAAAAAGAUUGCUCAGUUCUCAUAUGCAAACCUCAUUCAUGAAUCGCGACUGUCAUCUAGCCAUUCCAAGAAAAAACAAAAUGCGGACAAUUGAUGAAAAAAUCUUAUACUUAUGUAGCCUAAAAACACAAGGUCCUACAUUACAGUGAUAACGAUCUUCACCUAAGAACCCAAUAAAAUGAAUAACUAUAAAGAAAUGUCAUAUUCUUCCAAAAUGAAGUUCAAAAGGAACAAUAAUUUUAAACAGUGCAGUAACAUACAUGACAGGUAAAAUAUAUUGCAGACAGAUCGUUAUAAUAACUUAAAAUCUUCAGCAAAAUUGUGAGAGACGUGUUUCAGAAGACAAAUUUGUACAUUACAAUUCAGAUGAUACCAUUGCACAGAUAAGCAGGGCUAUUGUAUAGUGGCCCAUCAAAGUAAAGAACCCAAAAAGAUUUCUGUUAGCUCCCAUUAGUCAUUAUUUGGUGAUAGUUACAGGGCAGAUACAUAUACAUCCAAAAGGUUUUAGACAAGAUUACUAACCCGAUGCCUAUGCUUAGCUCCUUUAAAGUAAAGAAGUGUAUGCCGCUUCUUGUUUUCUGAUAUAUGCAACCUAGGCAGUAAAUGGGUGUAGGGUACAAUAACAUCUUUCAGCAGCGAAACCUGGGUAUGAUGGAUCAUAUCUGAUGAGUUAUCACUUGAUCCUUUUGAGUCCACCUUGUACCAUCCACCAAAAUCAACCACCAGUAGAAUUGCAGGGGCUAUCUCCGCUUUAACAUGCCACAUGGCAACAGGGUCUGCCAAAGAAUGCUUCAAGGUUUAACACAACCUGACAAUUCAAAGACUAAAUCAUAAGCUGCUACAGCAUGCACCACAGUUGCCAGCCCUUUAAUUUCAAUUCUGAAGAUAAUAUAAGAAAAGAAGUUCGAAAACACACAAUCACAAACAGACAAUUCACAAAACCCCACAAGACAAUGAAAUGGUGUGAAGAUGUGUUUCUAUAAUUCCGAAAGCUACGUUGUAGGCAAUCUACAACCAGUGACGAUUAUAAGAAUUGGUGUUCUCAACGUUCUUGUCCGUAAUAAUCUUUAUAUCAAGUAACUUCGCAUACUCUUCACAUUAAAACCAACAGGAAAAUGAAAUGAAAACUACAGGGAAUUCUAUCAACGAAACAUGCAAAACAUUUUCUCCCCCAAGUUCAUUUAUCAGACCAUAAUCAACCAGACCAUUGUUUCGAUUCAAUAUACAAAAACACAGAAGUCCAAACAUAUUUACUCGAGUAAUUAACGAGUUACCAGUAAGAACAAAGACAUGAUCCCGGCCACCAGACCUCUGCCAAGCCUCAGACUUCUUCACAAGAUCCAGCACCAUUUUCUGCCUCUGAUAGUCCUCAUUAUCCUCAACCUUCUUCCGGAACACUCCCUUAUUCAAACCCAGCUGCAAUUCCGCACUGAGGGUAGCGAAAAAUGGAACAAAAAUCACAUCAGCCUCAUCAAUACUAAACACUCUUUUAGCUAAAGAAUCCUUCUUCAGCUCUUCGGGAGUUACCAAAUCGCCCAUGAUCCAGUACUCUGCACUGUACUGCUUAAUCAACGGGCUCUCAGGAUAUGGAAGGAACUUUUGAGAAUCUUUAGACGAAAGGGUCUUUCUGAUCUCAUUGUCUACUUCACUUCCAAGCCUCGAAUCAGAGGUUAAAGACCAGUACUUCUCUAAGAGCCCAUAGUUGAGGGAUCUGGGAAGGUCCGCUACGUAGACUCUGACGGAAUUUUGAGAAAUUUGAAGGUUAUUGUGGAGAUUAAGCGACGGGGUUAUAGUGGGAUUGAAGCGGAAAAGGAAGAGGCAAAGUGAGACGACGCAAAGGAAGGAGAUAGACAGGAAGAGAGAAGAAACGGUGCAGGGGAAAGUGGUUGGGCCGGCAGCGGCACCGCCGGUGCUGGAGCUGGUUUUCACUGGCAUUUUGGGAUCCGAUUUCCGGCCUUGCCGUUAAUAUGGGCGUUUCGGAUCCAAACGAUAUAUCUCUAGCACACUAGUAGUAAAUCCUUAAAAAGGAAUAAAAAGGUUUUAUAUUGACUACUAAGAGUGAAACAAAUACUACUGCAUAUUAUUUUCUC